AUGCCAAAGCACCGGAGUUCUCGGGCUGCUGCCAUCCGACAGGCACCACUAGCAGAUCAGAUCCUACAAGAGGAGGCUGUGAGACCUACAAACAGGGAAAAGCGCCGGGGAGCGUCUGCGAAGGAGACAGAAGAUGACGGAUACGUGGAUGAAAAACUUUCCAGGAGGAUCCUGGAGCAGGCCCGUAUACAGCAGGAAGAGCUGGAGGCUGAACAUGGGGUUCAAAGUGUGGCUCCUAGGGAGAGGACAACCGUGCUGGGUUCCAAAAAGAAAGCUGAAGGUUCAGACUCUGAGGAUGAGGAGUGGCCCUCUUUGGAGAAAGCAGCAUCAAUGGAUGCAGGUGCCUAUAGUGAGAGUGUGGAAGUGAAUCCUGAGGAUGAGAAAGCCAUUGAAAUGUUCAUGAAUAAGAAUCCCCCACUGAGGCGUACUCUGGCUGACAUCAUCAUGGAGAAGAUUACAGAGAAGCAGACCGAGGUGGAUACAAUGAUGUCAGAGGUCUCUGGCCGGCCAAUGCCACAAUUGGAUCCACGUAUUUUAGAGGUUUAUAAAGGUGUGAAAGAGGUGCUAUCCUCGUACCGGAGUGGCAAGAUUCCUAAAGCUUUCAAAAUCGUUCCUGCCCUUUCCAACUGGGAGCAGAUUCUGUAUAUCACAGAGCCUGAAACGUGGACUGCAGCAGCAAUGUACCAGGCCACCAGGAUCUUCUCGUCAAAUUUGACAGAGCGCAUGGCUCAACGCUUCUAUAAUCUGGUACUUCUUCCUCGUGUACGAGAUGACAUCGCUGAGUACAAGCGCCUCAACUUCCAUCUUUACAUGGCACUUAAGAAAGCACUUUUUAAACCAGGGGCUUGGUUCAAAGGUAUCCUAAUCCCUUUAUGUGAGUCUGGGACCUGCACCUUGAGAGAGGCUGUGAUCAUCGGCAGCAUUCUAACCAAAUGCUCCAUUCCUGUUCUGCAUUCUAGUGCUGCCAUGUUGAAGAUAGCAGAGAUGGAAUAUAACGGAGCCAAUAGCAUCUUCCUACGGUUAUUAAUUGAUAAAAAGUAUGCUCUGCCCUUCCGUGUGCUGGAUGCUUUGGUCUUCCAUUUUCUAGCUUUCCAUUCAGAUCGGCGGACACUCCCUGUAUUGUGGCACCAGUGCCUUCUCACCCUUUGCCAGCGUUACAAGGAAGAUAUGUCUUCAGAGCAGAAAGAAACCCUGUUGGAGCUUCUGCGGACCCACUCCCACCCACAGAUUACAAAUGAGAUUCGUCGUGAACUUGCAAAUUCAAAAUCCCGUGAUGUUGAGGGAAUGGCGCCGAUGGGCAUGGAUUGAGAGUCACUUGGCAAAAACAGGGUGUAUAUACUGUGUGUGCUUGUGUGACACAGGUCUUCAGACAUGCAGAGAUCAUUUAGAAAACCAUCAACCUUUAUGGUUACAAGACUUGGACAAGCAAUGUAUAAUGAAUAUUCUGCUGGCUGUAUUCCCAUUUGAUAUCACAUAGUUCUUUAGUUUCUAGAGAAGGAACAAUUUCAUACAACAAUGCUACAGACAUUGGGAUAUUUGAGGAUUUGCCUACCUUUAACCUUUAUUUUAGGUAGAGUGUUAAUUAAACAUACCCAAAGCUGUUGAAAAUGUGGGCAUCGUAUGAUUUGUGUGGAGUGUGCAUAUUUGCAAUUGUAAAGUAAAUGGUACGUUGCCAACUGUACUGAUAAAACGGCACUGGUGGGAAUAAUUACUGAGCAUACAUGUUCUUGGUGUAUUUGUGUAUUGCAAAGAUUUAUAUUUCAUAAAAAAAAAUAUAUUUACUGUUCACCAAAUACAAUCUUACGCUGCAAUAGCUUCUUGUGGACAGGGUACUGUAAAAUCGGUGUCCCUUUAAUGUGUUUUCAAUUAUUUAUUAUACAAGCAGCAGAGUAUAAAAUUUAUGAGAAAUUGA